UGGACAGUCAUUAGACAGCGAACGAUGGUGAUGGCUUCUCUUACACAUCUGCUCUUUCUGCUGUGCGUCGGCGUCACAGUGAGCACAGUGGUGGAUCUGCAUAAGAGAAUCAUCGGCGGUGUGGGCUGUGGACAUAAUGACCGUCACUACCACGUCCAAUUGAGGAUGGUUGAUAAAAUUAAGGGACAAUCAGGAUUUUGUGGUGGCUCUCUGAUCAGUGACCAGUGGAUUCUGACCGCUGCUCACUGUCUGAUACCAGGAUGGACUAUGUUUGCAUAUUUACGUGUGCAUCCAGGUCCAGCAAGAACGGUGCAAAUCACAGAUUCACCCGUGACCUUCAAGGACAGAAACGGCAAGGAACACGACAUCAUGUUAGUGAAGCUCCCCUCAAAAACUCAAACCCAGACUGUUCAACUUCCCAACUGUCGAAAUCGUCCCAAGCUAGGUGCUACAGUUCAGAUAGCAGGUCAUGGUGCUUCAACAUCAGGCCCAAAUAAUGAAAGACAACCUGGUUAUACAGCUACUCUCCAAUGUGCCAAUACCAACCUUGUGGAAUGUGAAGACUUAAUAAACAUUUUAAAAAGGAUCAAAGAGUAUGAUGGUCAUGAACAAUGGAUGUGUGGCCAAAAACCUGGCGUGGAUAUAUGCAAAGGUGACUCUGGUGGAGGAGUGGUUUACCAGAACAGGAUAUAUGGUGUCAUUGUCGGGGGCAAUCCCGACUAUACGUGUACAAGCCCAGCAGCAUUUAUGGACAUCUGUCAUAAACCAUACAUUCAAUGGAUCAAGAGAACCAUUGGCAAAGAAAAUGUCUGGUUAAAGGGUCUAAUUUCUUGUGGUUAAAAGCCAUUUCACAUUUUUGCUAAAAAGUUGCUGAAAAUUCAUGAAUUCAUUUUGGGAAAUUUAAAUUUGCAAAAACACAACAGUACACUUUUUUUCCGGUUCAUCAUCAUCAUCAUCAUCAUCAUCAUAAUAAUAAGACUAAUAACAGUCUGCUCUUCUUUAAGCAUUAAUAACACACUUGUUUCUUUAUUGAAAUUAAAGGGGCCAAGUCUUAUUUUAAACAAUAACAAAAUGACUACAAGGAAAUUAUUAGUGAAGAAUUUUGACAGUUUUUUUUUUGUUUGUUUUUUUUAAACAAAAAAAGAUAGAAAAAUAAAACUUGCAUGACUGGAAUUCUUGCUUUCAACAGGCUGCUAUUCUGUUUACAAAAAAAAACCAAAACCUGAUCCAAAAUAAACAACAAUUACAACCAAAAUUUUGCACAAUAGUGUGUAGCAACGUGAAAGUAAGCUUAGCAAUUGUACCAAGUAUUUGCUGUGCACAAAUCUGAUUUAUUCAAUAAAUAAACAAGUGUUUA